CGCCACGUUUCACGUCCGGGUUGUACGUUAUGCAUGGUUAUGCAACCUUUGAUAUACAAUUAGGCAUCUAAGCAAAAAAACGCCACGAAAUUUUGUGUUUCGGAUUAAAUUUUAUCAUUAGAAGAUUAAUUUCAUCUAUUGCCAUAAUGCCCAACAAACAAAAGCGAAAACCGCAAAGCGAUGGAGAAGCUAGUUCAAGCAACAAGAAACUUAAAACUGAGGAGUUCAAUAACAAAAGGAUGCGUACUUUAAGCAAGAAAACUGAUGUUUUACCUGAAUCACAAGGAAUUGUCUAUUGGAUGUUUCGCGAUCAAAGAGUACAAGAUAAUUGGGCGAUGAUUUAUGCUCAGAAUUUAGCGGUUGAACACAACAUACCAUUGCAUGUGUGUUUUACCCUACCAGAAAAAUUUCGUGCAGCAACCAUCCGACAAUAUGGUUUCAUUAUUAAAGGCUUGCAAGAAAUGGAAAAGGAUUUGAAAGAUCUUGACAUAUCAUUUCACGUAUUGCUGGGUGAUCCAAGUAAAACAUUACUGGAGUAUGUAAAGUCAAAUGAAAUUGGUGGAGUUGUCACAGAUUUCUCUCCCUUACGUGAAGUAUUAGCUUGGUUGGAUGAUAUUGUGUCAGAAUUACCAGACGUGCCAGUAUUUCAGGUUGAUGCUCAUAACAUUGUACCGUGUUGGGUGGCAUCAGAAAAGUUAGAGUAUGCUGCCAGAACUAUUAGACCAAAGAUCACAAAGCAACUUCCAGAAUUUCUUACAGAAUUCCCUCUUUGUAAGAAACACCCAUUUGCAGCAAAGAAAAUUGAGGAUAUCCAAUGGGACAAUGUUCAUUCAUUUAUCAAAGUGGAUGACUCUGUUAAAGAGGUUACUUGGGCUAAACCCGGCUCAAAAGCAGGCUUGUUGAAAUUAGAAGAGUUCAGUGAAAAACAUCUUGAAAGUUUUUCUUCAGACAGAAAUGAUCCAACUAAAGAUGCUUUGAGUAAUCUUUCACCUUGGUUUCAUGCAGGUCAAGUAAGUGUUCAAAGAGCUAUUUUGACUGUAUCCAAACAAAAAUCCAAGUGGAAGGAAUCAACUGAAGCAUACAUAGAAGAAGCUGUUGUACGUCGUGAACUUGCUGAUAAUUUCUGUUAUUAUAACAAAAAUUAUGAUAGUAUUGAAGGGGCAAGUGAUUGGGCAAAGAAAACUCUCAAUGAUCAUCUUGACGAUAAAAGAGAGUAUGUUUACACAUUAGAAGAAUUUGAAACUGCUAAGACUCAUGACAAGCUUUGGAAUGCAGCACAGCUUCAGGUAAUUCGUGAGGGUAAAAUGCAUGGAUUCCUUCGCAUGUACUGGGCAAAAAAGAUCUUGGAAUGGACCCAAACACCCAAGGAAGCUCUUGAUAUUGCCAUUUAUCUGAAUGAUAAAUAUCAAUUGGAUGGAAAUGAUCCAAAUGGCUUUGUAGGUUGCAUGUGGUCUGUUUGUGGUGUGCAUGACCAAGGUUGGAAGGAGCGUGAGAUCUUUGGAAAGAUACGAUACAUGAAUUACGAAGGCUGUAAACGAAAGUUUGAUGUUGAAGCUUUUGAAGCUAAAUACAAGUAGAUAUACUUUUGACAUUUUAGGAUGUAUGUGGUCCAUAUGUGGUAUUCAUGAUCGUGCGUGGACACAGAGACCUAUCUUUGGCAAGAUUCGUUAUAUGAACUAUGAGGGAUGUAAACGCAAGUUUGAUGUUGUUGCUUUUGAACUUCGCUAUCAAUCAUAGUUUACAUAAAUAGAUAUGCAAACACAUUUUUUGAAAAUGUUGUACAUAAUUAUUUCAUUACUUUUACUUGUUCAGUUUCUUGUAUUUUCAUUUGAAACGUUGGGGAUUAAAUCGCCCACCGGGCAAAGUGCCCUUCCUUCAUUUGUUGUAGUUUUAUCUUAUCUACGUUUUAACCUAAAUAAAAUGUGAAACGGAUAA